AUGGCCGGAAGAUUCGAGCCCAAAGUGCCCGUCCAGCUGGACCCUCCCAAGAGCGAUCCCAUUUCUCUCGAGACUCUGGCCGCUGCCAACGGUGUUGAUGGAGCAAAGACGUACGUUGCAAUCAAGGGCAAAGUUUACGAUGUGACGGGCAACAAGGCCUACCAACCUGGAGGCUCAUACCACGUUUUCGCCGGCAAGGACGCUUCCCGAGCACUCGGCAAGACAUCCACCAAGCCCGAGGACGUUUCGCCAGACUGGUCUGACCUCACAGACAAGGAAAAGGACACUCUCGAAGACUGGGUCACUUUCUUUUCCAAGCGAUACAACGUCGUGGGAGUUGUUGAAGGCGCUACAAAUCUCUAG